AUGGAAGCUAGUUUCUUCAGUGCUGCCCUCAGUUUGGGUGCUUUGGUAGGGACACUAUCCAGUGGCCCUAUUGCCGAGUUCACUGGUCGACGUUUGGCACUGUUGAUAGCAGCUCCGUUGGAGAUGGCAGCAUACCUCAUGAUUGCCCUUGGCAGUAGCCCUAUCCUUCUCAUCAUUGCUCGUAUUAUAGCGGGUCUCUCGAUGGGUAUUUGCUCCUUCGUCUGCUCAGUUUACAUCGGUGAGAUGGCACCAACGAGAUUCCGCGGCCUCUUUGGAGCAUGCACUCAGUUGAUGAUGGGUUUGGGUAUCCUCCUCAUUUAUGUUUUUGGUGCUGCAUGUAGAACUCAGGCAGACUCAACGGAUCCAUUGGCAACUUCAUCUACAUUUUGUGACUGGAGGUUAGUGGCUUAUCUAUGUCUGAUUCCUGGUGGAUUACUCUUCAUUACGAUGUUUUUGGCACCCGAAACACCCCGGUGGCUUGCUACUCGAGGCAAAUUAGAGAUAGCCGAGGCUAACCUACGCAGGGUUCGAGGUGUGGAUGCCGGCGAUCAUGAAGAAGAUUAUAUUGAUGACGAGCUGAAUGCUCUUAUUUCCGUUAGUGAUGCUGCUCGAAAAGCCACGAAAUCGAAGUCCGAUAUCCGAGCUCGCUUCCACGUACUGUUUUCAUGUCCAAAACAGCUGAUAAUAUGUACGAUGAACAUGGCCUUCACCCAAUUCUCUGGUAUCAAUGCUCUUACAUUCUUUCAAACUACCAUUUUUGAGAUGGCUGGACUGAAGGAUUCGGACGUGCUCGCUAUCACUGUUAGAAUAGUGAGUACUUUAGCCAACUUCCCUGCACUCUAUUUGGUUGAUCGGCUUGGUAGACGGCCACUUAUCAUAAGCAGUGCAGCGGGUAUGUGUUUGAGUCAGUUUCUGAUGGGUCUGUUCUUCUACUUGGAUCGCGAUGGUGAUGCUCAUAAUAUUGCUUGGCUUGCAUUACUAGCCUCGUAUGGUUAUCAAUUCACAUAUUCUUGGGGUGUUGGUCCGAUUCGAUGGAUGUUGGCAUCUGAGCUUUUCCCUGAUGAAGCUCGUGGGUUGGCAUCUGCUGCUACUACGACCGUCAAUUGGAUAUGUGCAUUUAUAUUUAUAUUAUUCUUGGAUUCUGUUGUGCAAGCCACUUCAAUGCAGGCGGCCUUUUGGUUCUUCUCCUGUGUGGGUGCGGUCAUGGCUGUUUUCGAGUAUUUCAUGGUACCCGAAACGAAGGGGAAGACACUUGAAGAAAUUCAAAAGUUGUUUUAG